CACGCGGCUGAGGAAGCCGCCCCCGCCAGGGUUGUAAAAUUAAAGCACUGAGAGCCAAGACAAACACAUAUAUCAAGACACCUGUUCGUGGUGAAGAGCCCAUUUUUGUUGUCACUGGACGGAAAGAAGAUGUUGCCAUGGCCAAAAGAGAAAUCCUGUCAGCCGCAGAGCACUUCUCCAUGAUUCGAGCAUCUCGAAACAAAAAUGGCCCUGCCCUGGGAGGGCUGUCAUGUAGUCCUAAUCUGCCCGGUCAGACGACGGUCCAGGUCAGGGUCCCCUAUCGUGUGGUGGGAUUAGUGGUUGGACCCAAAGGAGCAACAAUUAAAAGAAUUCAGCAACAGACCCACACAUACAUAGUGACUCCAAGCAGAGAUAAGGAACCUGUCUUUGAAGUGACAGGGAUGCCGGAAAAUGUUGACCGAGCACGGGAAGAAAUCGAAAUGCAUAUUGCCAUGCGUACCGGAAACUACAUAGAGCUCAAUGAAGAGAAUGAUUUCCAUUACAAUGGUACCGAUGUGAGUUUUGAAGGUGGCACUCUUGGCUCUGCGUGGCUCUCCUCCAAUCCAGUUCCUCCUAGCCGUGCGAGAAUGAUAUCCAAUUAUCGAAAUGAUAGUUCCAGUUCUCUAGGCAGUGGUUCCACCGAUUCCUACUUUGGAAGCAAUAGGCUGGCCGACUUUAGUCCAACAAGCCCAUUUAGCACAGGAAACUUCUGGUUUGGAGAUACACUACCAUCUGUAGGCUCGGAAGAUCUUGCAGUUGACUCUCCCGCCUUUGACUCUUUACCAACAUCCGCUCAAACUAUCUGGACUCCAUUUGAACCAGUUAACCCACUCUCUGGCUUUGGGAGUGAUCCUUCUGGUAACAUGAAGACUCAGCGUAGAGGAAGUCAGCCAUCUACUCCUCGUCUGUCUCCUACAUUUCCCGAGAGCAUAGAACACCCACUUGCUCGGAGGGUUAGGAGCGACCCACCUAGUACAGGCAACCAUGUCGGCCUUCCAAUAUACAUCCCUGCUUUUUCUAAUGGUACCAAUAGUUACUCCUCUUCCAAUGGUGGCUCCACCUCCAGCUCACCUCCAGAAUCAAGAAGAAAGCACGACUGUGUGAUUUGCUUUGAGAAUGAAGUAAUUGCUGCCCUAGUUCCAUGUGGCCACAACCUCUUCUGCAUGGAAUGUGCCAACAAGAUCUGUGAAAAGAGAACGCCAUCAUGUCCAGUUUGCCAGACAGCUGUUACUCAGGCAAUCCAAAUUCACUCUUAACUAUAUAUAUAUACAUAAAUAGUAUAUCUCUAUAUGGACUCGUAAAGGCAUGGGUAUAAUGGUACCCCAGUAAACUUCCUAAUGAAUUCUUAUGACUGUUAGCAGGCUUUAUUGGGAUUAGGCUAAAGUUGUUAGUAAACUUACAAAAGGCUGCUAUGGUAACACUAAACCUAAGUGGUCUCUUGUCUAUUAGUUUGGUUUGAAUUCUUAAUACUAUUCUGUAGACCCAGAGACACAGUUUAUGUAAGAAUUGCUAAAGCUGAAGUUCCACUUGGCUGAGUGAAGAUCAUAGGUUGUGUGAUCUAUGAGAAAAGUCUGAGAUUCCAGACAAUGGGUCCCAAAAGCCUAACCACAUUAAGAGUUUAUGGAGGGUACUUGGCAUUACAGAUGACUCAGACACUUCCAGUGCUGCCUUCUUUACACUGCCAGUUUUGACAAAACAGGUUUGUUUGUUUUUUAUUUUACAACAAUUUAUGCCUAAUUCUGCAGGAUUGCAAGUAACUUUUAAAUGCAUUGUGAUUACUUAUUGGUAAUAAUAGGGCUGAUGGCAGUUAACUAGAUCAUUGGUUAGAAUUUGGGACAAAACUGCUACAUUGACCUUCAUCUCGCCCAGAGUGCUCAAGGCUGGUAUGAUCAAUGGAUCAGGAAUGCAAUUGUCUUUGAUUGUGAAUUCCUUCCCACUGCCUCUCUUGGUGAAUGUGGGAAUGGCCACCUGGUUUUCCCAUUUCAGGAAGGGCUUUGGGAUGCACCUACAUUGGCUGAUAAUUGACGAUGUGAACAUUCCAUUCAUUAGUCUGAUCAAGCUAUUGAUUAAUUUUUAGACUCCAGAUCAAAAUGUGAAACAUUUUAUGUUCAAACCAUAUUUGUCUUGCACAUUAUAAAUAUGUUUUUUAUUUUUUAGUAAUGGGGGUGGGAGGGGAGGUAACAGGGCCCUUGGCAUAAUUCACAAAAGCAGCUGUGACAACCUCCAGUCAGUUUACUUCAUUUCAAAACUAUUUCCAAUCACAAGGAAAGAUUUAAGAACACUUGUACAUUUCAUCUGUGGAUGCCUCUGACGUCAUCCUCAGUAUGUCCCCAAAUCUCUGCUGGCAUUGAAAGGACAAAAUAUUAUACUGGUGGGUUUUUCUACUAAUUAUUUUUUUGAAGCGUUAUUUUCCCAACACAAAAGAGCUUUUUUUUUCUCAGUAUAACGAAAAUUGAAAUCCUAUGUGUAUUCAAUAGUAAAUAGACAAAUUUUAUUUUUUAUUUCCACUUGAAGAGUUACAUUUCGUAUAAAAGUUUACAAAUAACGGUUUUUAUUUUGAUUUUUUCAGUAUAAAAAAGUUGCCUUGAUGGCAUAUUAUGAUGUAAUGCUAAUUGCUUGUAGGGUAGGUAAAUAUGUCAGUAUUGAAAACCUAAUCUCUAGCUGUCGUCUUGUAGAUAUGAACGAAUGUUCACCAAGCAUGUAUUUUGUAUUUUGUUGCAUUGUACACUGCAACUAAUAAGCCAAGGAAUCGACAUAUAUUAGGUGCGUGUACUGUUUCUAAAAACCACAAACUAAGAAUGAUAAAUUAUCAAUAUAGUUUAGUAUUUGCUAAUUUUACUACACUCUUUUGUUAUGUAUAUGUAGGGAAGUCAUAGGGAUUAUAAAUUCAAUUUGAGUAAAGUUUAAAACCAUAUAUUUUAUGAUAAAGGGCCUUUAACUUAAGAUGGCCAAAGCACUGAUAUUAUAUAUUUGCUGUAAAGAGAAUUAUAAGAGUUUUAUUUUUCUGAUAUUAAAAGUUACUUAAUAAAGACUUGUUUCCAUUAACUUGAA